GUCGGUAUUUAUCUAUCUCUUUCUUCUCUUUUUGAUUGCUUCGUGUUCGUUUCUUCUGAUCCCCGUUUUGAAAAUUGGCGUUAGCGGAUUCGUUUCGACAAUGGAGGAUUACUCUCUCCCUGAGGAUUCCCUCUUCCUUGGUUUCGAUAGUUCUACCCAGUCCCUGAAAGCCACUGUUCUGGAUUCCAAUCUUAACAUUGUGACUUCUGAGGUUGUUCAGUUUGAUUCUGAGCUGCCCCACUACAAGACCAAAGAUGGAGUUUAUAGAGACCCAUCUGGAAAUGGUAGAAUCGUGUCCCCAACUUUAAUGUGGGUGGAAGCUCUCGACAUCCUACUCGAGAAGUUCACGAAAUCGAAAUUGGAUUUCGGAAGGAUUGCUGCUGUUUCCGGCAGCGGACAGCAACAUGGUAGUGUCUACUGGAAGAACGGCAGUUCAUUCAAGUUGGCUUCUCUGGAUCCCAAGAAGACAUUACAGGAACAGCUCCAUGAUGCCUUCUCCACAAAAGAAUCGCCAGUUUGGAUGGAUAGUAGCACAACUGAGCAAUGCAAGGAGAUAGAGAAAGCUGUUGGAGGUGCAUUGGAACUGUCUCGACUUACAGGUUCCCGUGCUUAUGAGAGAUUCACUGGUCCACAAAUCCGAAAGAUAUUCGAGACACAGCCACAUGUGUAUAAUGAGACGGAGAGGAUAUCCCUUGUUAGCUCCUUCAUGGCUUCUCUUUUGACUGGAGCUUAUGCGAGUAUUGAUCACACCGAUGGAGCAGGGAUGAAUUUGAUGGAUAUCCAACAGCGUGACUGGUCUAAAAUUGCCUUGGAGGCUACCGCACCGGGUGCAGAAGAAAAGCUUGGGAAACUAGCACCUGCCCAUGCUGUCGCUGGUUUUAUAGCUGCAUAUUUUGUGGAGAGGUUCCAGUUCAAUAAGAACUGUUUGGUUAUUCAGUGGUCUGGGGACAACCCAAAUAGCGUGGCAGGUUUGACCCUUAAUACUCCAGGGGAUCUGGCAAUUAGCCUGGGCACAAGUGACACUGUGUUUGGGAUUACCAGUGAACCUAAGCCAAGUUUAGAAGGACAUGUCUUCCCAAAUCCUGUUGAUACAAAAGGGUAUAUGGUAAUGCUUUGCUAUAAGAAUGGGUCCUUGACUCGGGAAGAUGUACGCAAUCAGUGUGCAGAUCAAUCUUGGGAGGUUUUCGGCAAAUUGUUGGAUGAAACGCCUGCUCUAAAUGGUGGGAAGCUGGGAUUCUACUAUAAGGAGCAUGAAAUUCUUCCUCCCCUCCCAGUUGGUUUCCAUCGUUAUGUUCUUGAAAACUUUGCGGGUGACUGUUUGGAUGGGUUGAAAGAGCAUGAAGUGAGGGAAUUUGAUGCUCCUUCAGAGGUAAGAGCAAUUAUUGAAGGCCAGUUGCUCUCAAUGCGAGCUCAUGCAGAAAGGUAUGGGAUGCCAAUUCCUCCAAAACGUAUGAUAGCGACAGGUGGGGCUUCAGCAAACCAGAGCAUUCUCAACUCAAUUGCUACCAUUUUUGGCUGUGAUGUGUAUACAGUCCAAAGACCAGAUUCUGCUUCCCUAGGUGCUGCUUUGAGGGCAGCCCAUGGUUGGCUGUGCAAUAGCAAGGAGAGUUUUGUACCCAUCUUAGGCCUGUACAAGGAUAAAUUGGAGAAAACAUCUCUCAAUUGCAAGCUUUCAAAGACAGCCGGAGAUCCAGAACUGUUUUCCAAAUACACAUUGUUUAUGAAGAAGAGAAUGGAAAUCGAGGAUCACCUUGUUCAAAAGUUGGCCCGCCGGUGAAGGCAAAGAGAAUAUCACAAAACAUAGUGAACCUAACAAUAACUUAUAGCAAAUAUAGUUGAAGCAUUUUAUGCUUAACUAUUCAAGUAAACAGUUAUUCUUCUUGUACGAGCCUAAUUGGAUAUGUUUUAAUAGAAUUAUUAAAUAGUUAUGGGUCUUCUUUUAUUUAUAUUGAGGUUUACUUUUUAAGAUAGUCAAAAUGCAGGCAUUUAUCAUCAA